AUGGUGGCUCCCAGGAACACCGCGUAUGCGGAGGAGAGCGCUGAGGUCGAGGUGCUGUACGCCAACCUCGAGAAGCUCAACCGUCUCACGAAGAAGAUCCAAGGCUCCCUUGUGCGCUUAGAGACGAGCGGCAAGGUGGUCAAGGACGCCAUUGGUCCUAUCUACAGCAAUACCCAGUCUCUUCAAAUCACCAACAGCAAUAUCGACAAGGUCAACGAUGCGAUCGACCGUCUUCGCCAGCCCCUCGACGCGAAGAGCCGCGAAGAGGGCAUCAUCCGCGCAGGACCACAGAGCUCCGGCCUUUCACAAUACCUCUCGGCGAUGAAACGCGUUGAAAAGGCGCUGGUCGACCUCAACGCAACAAACCUUCGAUCCAACCAGAACGCAAUCACCGACUUCAAUUCGUUGCUGGGGACAGGGAGUAGCAAGCUGCAGGAGAUGCUUCGCUCCGAGUUGAAACAACACAUCACACCAAUUGAACCUCUACACUAUCUCACAAAAGAACUUCCUUUCCCUAGUCGGCUCCGCAUCCGUCCACGGAACCCAGCGCAGCAAAGGGAGAACCCUGCAUUGAAGAUUUAUGCCGACGUUCGCGGGCCCUAUAUCACCUCGGGCCUGCAGAAUCUUGCCCUUGCAUCCAUCAGUACUGUCAAACGGAAACCCACCGACGGUCCAUACAAACAAGGUACCAAUGGUAUUGGUAUUUACUCGAACGCGCUGGAAGCCUUCAUAGUGACAGAGCAUGGAAUUAUUACGCAAGUUUUUACUGGAGACCAGCAAGGACUCGCGUUGCAAGCCACCUUUAUGUCUCCCAUGCAGGAGUAUUCGAAAACUCUUCGCGAGUUGAAUCAGUAUAUUAGGAUGAAUUUGAUGACAGACUGCUUUUUGGCGUUCGAAAUCAUCGAGAUCGUGACGGCAAUGUCUUAUCGGAUUGAUUCCAAGACAGCAGAACUCAAGAGUCUUCUGAUUGAGGCUCUGCGACCCGUCCGUGAGACUGCCAAGUCAUCACUGUCAGAACUACUCGACGAGACAAAGCGGAAGGCUGCCAAUUCUCCGCUUCCCCCUGACGGCGGAUCCGUGCCUCUGGUGGAGGAGGUUAUGAGCUCUCUGACCACCUUGACUGGCUAUUCGGGCCCAUUGGCUUCAAUUCUGACAUCUCUGGGUGAUGGGAACUGGCGCUCCAAGUCGAGCACUGCAGGUGCGGCUCCCUUGGACGUUGGUCCGGACAGCGGUACUCUGUUCUCACAUUUCAUUUUGGACAUGAUCGAGGCUCUCAUGACUUCCCUAGAGAGCCGUGGCAAGGCAUUCCAUCGCUCCAAAGCCACUUUGGGAGUUUUUCUAUCGAACAUCUUUUGUAUAGUGGACCGGUCCAUUCGACAAAGCCCGGAGUUGGCGCGCUAUCUCGGCGCUCCCGACAGCAUCGCCCGGAUCGAUACAUUCCGCAAACGCGCGACCUCAACCUACCUGGACUCGUGGAGAGAAGUCUCCCAGACAUUGCUGGACGUGCAGUACACCUCUCGCUCUGGGGCACGGCCGAGCUCAGGAGGCGCGGUGGAUUCCAGUGCCAUCGUCAAGAAUCUGUCCUCGAAGGAUCGAGACGCCAUCAAGGAGAAGUUCAAGUCAUUUAACGCGAGCUUUGACAAUAUGGUCUCUCAACACAAAUCUCUGCACAUGGAACGCGAGGUGCGUUCGGUUCUGGGCCGGGAGCUGCAGGCUGUUCUCGAACCGUUGUACUCCCGAUUCUACGACCGCUAUGUCGAGAUCGACAAGGGUCGUGGCAAGUACAUUAAGUAUGACAAGUCCAACUUGUCUGUGCAGCUGGCUCAACUCUCUUGA